AUGGCAGCAGAACUGGCACCCGGAGUUUGGGAUCUGGAGAAAUCGGACAACUUUGAUGAGUACAUGAAAGCUCUGGAGGUGAACUUCGCAACACGUUUAAUUGGAAACAGAGCGAAGCCACGCCAGGAAAUCAGAAUCGUUGAUGAUGUAUGGACUAUCACUACUAGCUCCCUCUUAACUAAACUGGAAAUCAAGUUCAAGAUCGGAGAAGAGUUCGAUGAAACCACUGUUGAUGGUCGCAAGGUCAAG